CAGAGAGGACCUUUCAUCUGACUAGGUUUAACGCUGUUCCCGCUCUCAACAUUCGUCGCACAGGGAGAAACUCUAGAGAUUAACAGCCAUGGCUAGCACCAAAGUUCAGAGGAUUAUGACCCAACCCAUUAACCUGAUUUUCAGGUUUCUCCAAAGUAAAGCUCGAAUCCAGAUUUGGCUCUUUGAGCAGAAAGAUUUGAGGAUCGAAGGCCGAAUCAUCGGUUUUGACGAGUACAUGAAUAUUGUCCUGGAUGAUGCUGAAGAAGUUAGCAUUAAGAAGAAGAGCAGGAAGCCUUUAGGAAGGAUUCUUCUCAAAGGAGACAACAUAACUCUGAUGAUGAACACGGGAACAUAAAUUCUCAUACUAGCAGUAGCUGUUUAGCAAAGCUGAGAAUACUUUACCAUUCCAAUCACUUGGAUGUUGAUGAAUGUUAAACUUGAUUUACUUCCUGGAUGCAAUGUACUAUUUUCCAUUGAAGAUUUUUUUUGUUCCAUCUAUUACAUAUCAGCUUCUGCUUUCUGAUGUACUUAAAAGUGUUUCUGGCAUCAGCUUCUCAAGAAAGUAUCUUGUAUUCCACAUUAGCCGUGGUUUUGGCAGUUGAGUGCGUAAAAUCAUGAAAAAUCUAAAUCUAGCUUCAUCU